AAACGUGAAUCAUCACCUGAAACUGAAAUAACUGAAAAUGUGAUGUUGGCUACUAAUUCAGUGGGUGAACCUGUAUUCUCAUUAAGAAAUCCUGAAGAAUAUAGAGGUCCAGAGAUCGUACAACGAUCAUUAAAAGGUAAACUCGUUGAAGACUCUAUAAUUAAUAUUGAAGAUAGUUUAUUUGAAAAUAUGAGUAGUAAUGAAGCGGGUGGAAGUGGAAUAAUAGAGGAUGUACAUGGUGGUGUAUAUGGUGUAUAUGGUGAUGGUGGAAGGAAGAGUAGUUCAUCGAAACAUUUGAGUAAUAUGGGUGUUAUUGGAAAUACGGAUGAAUUAUUAUUUGAUGAAGAAAAUAUAGAUUCGUAA